GUGUGUGUCGACCAACGUAGAAUCAAUUAGCUUCGACUGAGCCUCGCCAGGUGGUGUUUUUAGCAAUUAUUCCACUGUCAAAACCCGACAAUUGGUUCAGUCCUAGAUAGCAUCAAAAUCGAUUUAUAUGCAGAUUUGGCUGAAAGUAAAAGUGUUUGUCUAAAAUAAUCGAAAGUUAGCUACACUGUGUUUAUCGACGUCGUUCACAGAUCACUGAUUUUUUGAAGUCGGCUGAGCUUUAAGAAAAACGGAUCCGUUGUGUGUUAUUCUUGGCUGUUGAAAAACCAGAAGAGCCUUGACGUUAAAAAAGUGACAAGCUAUUAAUGGAAAGUCGUGGUUAUAAUAGUGCGCACGCAGGGUUUCCGGAUUAUCGAUCGACUAUAAAGUGUCUCGAUCAAGGAUCACUGGCGCGGCUUGAGUUCUACCGCCGUGAAAUGCGCUUUCAUUUUAAAUAAGAAUGUAAAAUUCGAGCUUAUAAAUCAAACGGUAAGCUAUGGAAAGGUCCUCGUCGAAGAACUCUGAAGGACACCUCUUCGACGUCUCGGACGAAGAGCGACAGUUUCUGGAGGAGAAAGCGGAAAUCGUUCGCAGAUUUCUUCAAGACCGAGAACUGGUUGAGUGCGCCCAUGAAGAUGAGAAAAACGAAAUGCGAUUUGCGUUUGAAGCCGAAAAGGAGAACAUGAAAAAGGCUUUUGAAUGCGAGAAAGAAGAAAUGAGACAGGCGUUCUUGAAAGAAAAGGAUAAUAUUCGCUUGGAAUUCCAGGAGGCGAAACACGUUUUGAAACUGUCGUUUGACGACGAGAAAUCAGUGUUGAUGAAUUCGUGGGAUCGCGAAAAGGAAAACCUUUUGGAAAAUUUUGAGAGGGAGAAAAAGGAAUUAAAGAAAAGUUUUGAAAAAAAUUUGAAGGAAAAAGAAGAGGGCUUUAGAGCAGAAAAGAUAGAAAUGGAUGCGACAAUACGCAAAGAACUCGAACGAAUCGAGGACGUAGAAAAGGAAUUAAAGCGAACUUUGUGUCAAGGCUUAGGGGAUCUGGAAAAUAUUUAUUUGGAGGAAAACGCGCUUUUGGAAACAGUGUACAACCAUGAGCAACCUGAGGUGGACAUGCACUUCAAAUCACUCUUAGAUGCCGAGUUAAGCGUGGACAGAGAGGACUUGUUAAAAUCAUUGACCCAAGAAAAGAACAGGAUGCAGUCGCACUACGCUAAUAAACACAAACAAGUCGAGCACCAGUUCGCGUCGGAAAUCAUUGACAUGGAAAAGCGAUUCAAACAGCAGAAAAACGACUUAAUGAACAUCUUUAGGAGGGAAAAAUCUGACAUGGAGGAACACUUUCGUAAAGAGAAAGAAGAUAUUAGGCGUAAAUUUGACGUGGAUUUCCGGCGCAUUUUACAACAAGAGAAGCUGAAAUUCGAGUCGGAAAUUCAAGGUUACGAACAUGACAUUUCUGUCUUGAAAUAUCAAAAGGAACAGCUGGAGAAAUGUUACGAGCUGGAAAUACAAACUUUACGGCUAAAAUUCGAGCGAGACAAACUUGAAAUGGAGAAUAAGUACACGAACGAAAAAAAGGAUCUUAGGAGGGUUCUUAAAGGACAAUACCAGAGAAAAUUGAGCGACGAUAAAGUUCGACUGGAAUGGCUACUAGACCAGUUUCACCUUGGGAGAGGAGCCAGCAGCGAAAAUCUUCAAACUUCUCAAAGCUUCAGCUCCGUUUAUUCAGAUUAAAGGCUUUAGCAUUUACGUAAUCAAACCUUAUCGAGAUUUAACCGGGUGAAGUACUUAAAAAGAUUUUCGCAACGACGGUUAAUGCUUAAAACUGAAUUGCAAGCUCGAUGGUUAGGAAUCAGGUAUUAUCGUCAAGACGUUACAAUUGCGCUGCCGCCAUCAGUUUCAGUAAAAUUAAAUUUGCUCUAUUACCUCUUUUAUUCAACAUACACGGUUGAUACCGAAUUUGUACAUUAAGAAAAAAAAACAUUUGAAGAAAAAUCAGCAUGAACUAUAAAUGUAAUGAAAACAGCCUUGGAGGCUGCGGGAAAACAAAAGAGAUUAUUCUAGUCUCGUUAAACAGUAAGAAAGCAAUUAAUAUUUCAUGGUUUUCGUAUGGAAUAUAUCUAAAGAGAUCCGCAAACUAUCAACAGAGAUUAUUUGGGUCUUUUAAAAGAUGCGAAAUGCAAAUCAUAUGGUAAGUUUGAAGUUCUGUGUAGUGCUGAUGGCUAGGAAGAGGCCAACCGAAUAUUGUAUAAAAAAUGUAUUAAAAAAUUGUCU